AGAAAAACUUGCUUCAAAAAGUUGUUGAUUCUCUUUGUGGAAAAAUAUACUUUAUGUAACGAUGGUGGAAAAACAUAAAGAUUUGCUAGAAUGAGCGACUUAACACCUGAUGAGGUAGGAAUCACUAGUUAUACAAUAAGUCAACAAACUUUUUAUCAACGCAAGAUCUCGACAGGAAAAGAGAACAAAAAAAGAUGCUUUUACGUACCAAUGUAUCGAUCCACACGUACACAUGAAUGGAGCCAUUUAUUGUAAGCUUUAUAUUUAUACUGUCCACUUUGGUUUAAAUUCAUCGUGAACUCUAUCAGGCAGUGAAUUUUGAAGUGUUGUUGGCUGGGAAAUCUCAGAUUCGGCUACAUUUAAUAUUGUUUUGUUCGUAAUGCCCAACCCUACACUAGCUGGUGAAGAGUUCUUAAACUUUUAUACAUGUCGCUUACGUUUUGAGAGCUUUUGUGAAUGACUUCAUUCAUAUAUUUCAUUCAUUUCAUUUCAUUCAGAUCCUUGAUAAUUCAUCUAACUGCUUCCCAAUGGAACACUCAAUCUCUUGCUAGAUUCAAUGAGUAAAUUUUUCCAUUUUCUUUCCUAGUAUACAUUGUAGCUUGUCCAGCUGUAUUAAUUACCAUGACAUCAUUAUAAUGAGUGAAGAGUUUGUUCCUUGGGACAGAGGCUAAGCCAAAGCCUUAAAUAAGAUAAUAUUGUUACACAUUAUACUUACAAUUAACUACUUUAUGGACAGAACAUAAUCUAAGACCUUUUUUUAAUUUGGGUAAUUUACAGUUUAAAUAAAUUUAUUAAUUUUAAAUAGCUUAUCAAGUGGAUCUGAGCAUAUCUUGCUUGUAGUAAUGUAUUGGUCAAAUCGAAGCUUCAACAUGCCCCCCCCCCCUCCCCCGGGCAACCCCCCGGGCAUUUGACUUUUUUGAAAAUUAUUGUUCAAAUUCCCCCCUAGCCGGGACAAAAUGCCUUUCAAAUGCCCCACACUAGGGUCCAUUCAGGUGAUCAAAUGCCCCCACCCCGGGGACAUUUCACAGGCACAAAAAUGACAGAAGGACGGCGGAAACACCUUCAGUUGUCGAACAAAAUAUUAAUUUAUAAGUAUAACAAAAACUGAGAAACACUAUUAGCGUAUUUACUACGAACAAAAGUCUUGUGCAAAGCGACGGAAAUCGCUGCUACAAGGUCACUGAAUGCUCAGCUUUUCUUCGUCAUGCAACAUACAAAGUGUUCUAUAAAAAAAGAUCCUACCUAUUGAGAUUACUACAUCACGACCAUUUCACUGACAUGCAUCAUCGUUCACCUUAUUAAUUAACAUACUUGCAGUAGGUCAAAGUAGUUGACCUGAGCUUUUUAUUUUAUUUUAUGUUGUUGUAUUGAAUCGCCGAUAUUGGUAUUGUAUUUCAUUGUAAACACAACAAUGAAAUACAUUCAUACAUUCAAAGCCUGAAUCCAAUAUUAAAAAUUUUAAAAUUUAAAUACUUCAAAUACGGCACAAAGCUUGUUUAAGCCCUUUCCUCGCAACCAAUUGGCCACAAAGGCACAAUCUUUUCCACGAAAAUCCUCUAACACCGUGUCCCCCAUGAUAGCUCGCCAUGCCAAAGAUUUUACAUGAAAUCCAGGGUGCAGUUCAAAUUCCUCAACCCUAAAGCAUCGGGAUCAAAUUCCCCACCCCCUGGAAGACUCUGAUGAUCAAAUUCCCUCCUCCCAGGGACGGUAAAGGUGUCAAAUGCCUGGGGUAUGCCCGGGGGGCCAUGUUGAAGCUUCAAUUUUGACCGAUACAUAAUACAGUCACAUGAGAGUAAAUGUCACUAAUAUUGAAAAUAUCAAUGAUAAUACAUGUUAUAAUAUAACUUACAUGUAUUAAACAAUGAUAAUAAUAAUAUUAUUAUUAUUGUUUAACCCAUUCACCCCUGAUUCACCCUUAACCGUCCAUGUAGAUAGGCAUCCCUUCUACUGCUUGUGACAUCAUCAGUUUUAAUGGUCAAGGACUAGUUUGUCCACUAACUUGUGCAGGGUGAAGAGAUCUUUAAAACCAUACCAGAAUGAGCACAAUUCAGUCAAGGACACCGGAGAAAAAGGCCCAAAAAAACACAUAACAUUGACCUGAAAAUUUCCAUGAAAAUCUUGUUCCACUACCCACCUACCUUGCCUUUCACAAGGUAAUAUUUUGCAUCUGGAUCAGAAGGCCGCAAAGUUUUUGACCUGCAAAUGGCUUCAUAGUAAGUUUUAGCUCUUUAUUUAAAUGAAGCGCGACGGUGACCAGAAAACUGCUCGACUAGCUUCAAAACGCAUUUUUCGGUAAAAUUUCCAGGGGUGAAUGGGUUAUAUUAAUAAUUCCUGAUAAUAAAGAUGAGGUAAAUCGUAAUAUAAUAAUUAUUGCAUGCUGUAUAUUUUACAGGUUUUGGUUUUGAAGAAUAUAUUUAUGUACUGUAGUUAGCUUAUUCUGUAAAUUAAUCGAAGUUUGAAACUGGUAAAUAUGAGACCUUCGUACCCAAAUGCAAAAAGCAUUGAAAUGUAUCAUGUUUCCAUGCUAGUAUAUGGCUUUAUUAGAGCUUAUCUUGGAACCAAUUUACUUCAGGACAGUUCAUGACUGAUACAUGUAUGUAUAGGUUGAAUUAGUAAUUGUGAAAAAUGAUGUGUUCUAAUGAGUGAGAAACAAUAAUAGCUGACUAACAAUUACAUAAUAGACUGUAUUUCCAAGUCAGGGUUACAUUAUCACUAACAUUUCAACUUACUGGGUAAAUACAACAAGUAGGCAGGGAAUCAAACAGCUAGGGAUUUCUUUUGGUUCUAUUUUUCUUCUAUUUUCCUUUGAAAGUACCUGCGGGCCAUGUUCAUAGUAGCCAGGGGAAAUCCCUGUCCCUGCCUCUUAAUGACAGCCCUGCAAGUGAUUGUUAAAGUCAAUUACUGAAUGUCAAUGGCCGGUGGAAAACCUGCUAAUACUUAACUUUGUGAAUUGGUAUGUACUUUGGACAUUUUAAAAAACAAGGUGUCUCAUAGUAAAACUGUAACUUGUUUGUGGUGCUAAAAUGAUUUUAUCCAUGUCUUACAUGAAAAAUCUUUGAUUCUGUAAAUUACCAUUUACCAUUUUGUGUACAGUGCUCUCUCUAAAAACUAAAUUACACAGUAAUGAGCAUAGCUAUUGGUAUAGUACUGUUGAUUUAAUUCAUUACUGAUGUAUUGUGGAUUUUCAGAUCAGGCGUCGUCGCCUGGCCAGAUUGAACCAAGGUGCCUUGUCCACAUCCCCGACAUCAGAUGGCCAAACCAUUCCAAUGAGAACUAGCCUGAAACCUGUGGAUGCAGAAGAUUCAGCAGUUAAUACUCAAGACAGUGGCUAUGGUUCUUUGCCACAAUCCUUUGAGUUUGAUGAUAACUCCCAAGAGACAGGGGAUAAAUAUGGCAAGCGUACUUCACCAACUAGUUUGUCUUCUCCUUCAGAGGGUUUUAAAUUCAAGAAAACAAGGGAUGGAUUUGACAAACAUGGUGCUAAUCAUGCAGGGGUGAGUUUAUAGAGUUAUCCAAUGUAUGCUGUAUUUUUCAUGGUUUACUUGACAUUAUUUGUCAUGGUUUAUGCUUACUAUGUUGUGGAAUGAAGUCCUAUCUGGUAAACAUUUGGCUUUGGUUUGAUUUGGUGGAGCAAAAUGGUCAUACAAUAACAAACUAAAAGAAAACACACAGUGUAACUGCUGACUAAGUGUAUAAAGUAGACUUCAACUUUUCAGUUCUAAGUUAUAAAAAGUUUCCUUUUUGAUACGUCAGUUCUUACUGAAAUCGAAAAUGUGAAGAGACUGUGAUUGAUCAGCAUCUUACAAUUUCUUUUAGAUAUGCCGUUAAAAAAAAAAUACAUACAACAUGCAUGUAAAAGUAAAAGGAAGUUUUCCUACAGUAAAUACAAACGUCUUGUUCUUGUAAUAUUGUUUGUGUCAAACUUUAUUUGCCUGUAUUUUGUGUGUUAAUCCACCACAUGUGUAAAUGCUGCAAUUCCCAUGGCCUGCACUGUAACACCCUCUGCGUAAUUCAUCAUAAUGAUACAAAACUGAAUCCAAUAUUAUAUUGCUUUUUAUUAUUAUUAUUAUUAUUAUUAUUAUUAUUAUUAUUAUCAUUAUUAUCCAUACAAAAUAUUUCCAACUUAAAACUCAAACUGCCUGUUCCCAGGCAGUUAAAGAUUAUGAGGAGCUGUUCAUGCUAGCAAUUAUCUGUUGAGUACACUGCUGUAUUUUUGCUUCUUUUUCUAUGAUUUUAGGCAGCUAUUUCUUCUUCGCAUAACAUGUGAAAUCUUCUCCCAUUAUCUACAGCUCUUGCCUUCUGCAGUCGGACCCUUUAUGUAUCUGUACAUCUCACCUCCAAAUUUGUUCAACAAUAGCUGGUUAUUGAGAAUUGGUCAGGGGAUUUGAGCCAAUGAGAAAAUUAUGCAGAAAUAUUUGAAUAAAUAAUACAUGUAAGAUUGUAUUAUUUAAAUAUAAUCAUAAUUAUGAUACAGCACAUACAGUGGAAUCAACCUUUGUUGAAGAGCCAAGAGAGUGGCAAAAUAUGUUCAGUAUAAUAAGGUUUUGUCGUGGAGGUUCUGUUCCCUAUAAAAUUUUACUAAUAUUACUGGAGCAAAGAAUGUCAUUUGUUGUACAGAGGACUUCCUUGAAUAGACAUAGAGGUUCACUGUAUUGAAGUGGGUUUACUAUUGUGUUUAUGGAGGUCAUUGUGGCAGGGAAGGGUGCUGCUCUUAGAAGCAACAGAUGUUGUGAUUUUAAAUUUUAACUGGAAUAAUAUUAUUUAGUGUCAGGAAGUUAUUUGAUGGUGGAAAUGGUAGAAUUUAAUUAAAAGUAUUUUCUAUUCUUGCUCUUGCAGGUACAUGUAUAUGUAACCGAUGAACAAAUUGUAAAAAGCCUUUGUAACAUAUUUAAAGUUUCAUUGAAGGUGAUGUUUGUUAUCAACAUAAUAAUAUUGUAAUGUGCUAUAUUAUAUAAAAGUGAUAGUUAAAUGAGUAUUAUUUUUAUUGAACCUUUUCACUCAAUGCUUGAAAUUCACAGGAUGUGUCUUGUUAUUUGCUGGACUGCAUGAAUAUGAAUGUAUAUUUGUUUGUUUGUUUGAAAAAAGGUACAAAGAAAGGAUAUCAAAGAGAAGAUGAGUUUUACACUCAGGUUGUCUGUGUUUUUAUUUUAAUUUAUAUGAACUUACCAAAUUAUGUACGUCAUUCUUUUUGCUUUUAGAAUAAUGAACUAUCUCCAGAAACAGUUUACUUGCCUUCAUUAGCAAAGGAUCUUGCAAGAAUGAAUCUUACCUCAGGUAUUGGAAUUUGUAGCAGUUACACUAGUAACAGUGUAAUUCAGGUGAAAUGGAGGUUGCUUCUGAAUUUUCUUUGACUCCUUUAGUCCUGAAUAUUAAUGAAUAAGGGCUAGGAGACAAGGGAUUUUGGGAAUCAGCCUACAUGUACUUUGUGCUUAAAACAUUAUAAGACAGAAUCCAUCAGGAAAUUGACUAAUUUUAAUUUUCAGUGGACAUUCUUACAGGUGAAAAUAGUUAUGUGUAAUAACAUCAAAGAAAAUUUCUUAUGGGAGCCCGAGAAAAUGAAUGUCAAACUUCACAAAUUUUCAGAAUUUUACCUGUGUUUUCACAAUUGUGAAAUUUGACAUUUAUUUUCUUGGGCUCCCAUAAGAAAUUUUCUUUGGUAAUAUUAAUGAUAACUAAUAAUAUUAUUAUUACAUCUAUAGCCCUUGAAAAAUGUAAAAAAAGAAUGCAAUAUAUUCUUUAAAUUAUUCUGGUACAAGGUUUUUGUUCCCUGAAAAUUAAAAUUAAUCAAUUUCCUGGUGGAUUCCAUCUUUAAAACUUUUAACAAAAUUUAGUUUUAAUGCCUAACAAUAUAUUAUGUAAAUCCUUUAUUAAGUUCCCCCUCUCUGAUAAGCCCUCCCCUGUUAAUAAGCCCCCUGACUCUUUUAAGCCCCCCUCCUCUCCCCUAAUUAUUCUUCCUUAAUAAAUGAUAGACUGUAUUAAUCGAUUGUGACUGUAAAACUUCAUGUGGGACUUUGUGUGGACUGAUCCAGGACGGUUUAUUCACCAACUGGAAGUUCAGAUUUGUUUUUGAUCCUUGGCUGCAUGAUGACCUCCAACUUCUUGUACUUGAGCUUUUCCACUUUGUAUACCAGUUCUUUAUGGAGUAAUGAUACCAUCAUCUUUUUUAAAUUAAAUAAGACUGCCCUCCUAAAUAAGGUAUUGUGUUUUGUUUUGUGUAAAGUUGACGUGGAAGUUUUACUGAAAAUCUUGUCCCACUACAAACCCACCUACACUUCCUUCCAUGUAAUCCUAUGAUCCUAAACAUUUUGCCCAAAACUUUUCCUACCAAAGUGAAGCCUAGUAAAUUGGUCAGUAAAAAAAUGGGGCAAGAAAAGCAAAAGAAAAGGGUACAAAAUAAUAAAGUCUCCUUUUUUCUGUCCUCAGAAAUGGCUCAAUGUCUCAUUUCACAUUUCUUGCUGUCACAAUUUGCAUGCUUUUGUCCCAUUGUUAUUCCACCCAGCUUUGGCUUGUUGCUGUAAAUGGUCGCAGGGCUGUUUCACUCAAACAAAUUCAAAAUUAAACAUAUUGUGAGAUGUAUUAAUGUGAACUGCUGAGAUCUAUGUCUUUUACAAUUCGGUUACGUUUGAUAAAUGACCGUACACAAUGUAGAACAAAAACAACACUGUAUAAGCUCACUUUUUGGCUUCAAUUUACUUACAAAAUUAAACUGGACAGAUCUAUGUUUUACUUGUAACUGUAUUUUUUCUAAAAGCUCUUCCUAACAUUAAUGCCACACUGACACAAGUCAUUUGGUUUCAAUUUUCUUACUUUUAUGAUAAAAAUCCUGUUUAUUUAAAUUAUUCCUAGAAACUGUUGUCAAUCUUAUAAGUGAACUGAUCACGGAGAGACUAACGCAAUCACAUGUUAGUAGUGAAGGCCAAACAAGUUUAAGUGCAACACUUACUAUUGCUGAAGAGACUUCUCAAAUGGCCAUUGAUGAUGGAUCAUCAGAGAGCAGAUCUUCAGAAUGUAGCAGUUUGCUGACAGAAGAAAAAACUGAUUUUCUUGCCUUAAGAGAGACACCAUUCAUGUGUCAAACAAAGCAACUCAAGUUUUUGGCUGACAGUUAUAACCGCACAAUGAAUGAAGAAAAGAAUUUUACAAAGGUGAUUUUUACUGGCAUUGCAAUAAAAUAGUUUGAAAUGAUUGUGUUUAAUACAAUGUGUGAAAUAAGCCCUGUUCACACUUAUGUUAUUUUUUACCAUUAAAUAACAGUGGAUACAUGUACCUAUAUAAUAAUUAUAAUAUAUAUUAUUGAUCUCAUAGGUGCAUGGAACAAGGUCCUAAGUGACCCAUGCUCCAGUGUCAAAUUCUCCCUCUGAAUUACAAGAAUAUACAAGGAAAAUUGAAUAAGAGAAACUGGUAGUUUAUCAUAGAUCAUUUGGGACUUCAGGCAUGUCUUAAAUGGAGGUCCUUAUGACUCUGGCAUACAAAAGAAUUAAGUGAAGACACAAAAGGGCCCUCAAAGGAGGGCUGAAGGCUUAUCAGGCAUGGUAAUCACACAAAAAAGGCAUGAAAAAUAAGGGAAAAAGUGCUCAACUUUGAAACAACAAUGCAAACAGGUUCUUAGACAGAGGAAGGCAUUUGAUUUGACGCUUGAAUUAAGCUGGAACUAGAAAGACUGAUCUUGUAGGGUGCCACUUCUCAUAAAAACAUUUGACUAUUGAAUUCUGCAAGUUUAAUAAAAUAUUAUUUUAAUAAUACCGGUACCAAUUAAUCUAGUCAUAUAUUUUAUUAUUAAAUACUUAUUACAAGUCAUCAUAGCACCUAACAAGUACAAAGGAUUGCAGUUUUUAUAUAUGUUAACUUAUUUGACUUUAUUUGCUUUAGCGAUCCCAGGAAGAGAGAUGGGUGACUGCCAUAACCCAAGCUCGACGUCAAUGUGUUUCAUUUUCAUUAUGUAUUCUUCAGGGAUACUUCUCUCAACAGAGGUAACAUUAAUUAACCAGGCUGCUGACUUGUGAAAAUUCUCUUGCUGGAUUAAUACAAUCUUAUUACUGGGUACUGAUUGUAAAGAACUGAAUUGGAAACAACAAUGAACCAGAGAUUUUUGUGAACCUUUUUACUUUAAUUUAUAGAUCUGUGAUAAAGAAAUCUCCACUGGUGCAUCUGCUUAUCAGUGAAGAAUGUGACCUUCCCUGGUUGUUUUUGGUGGAUCUUGUUGCUUUGGCUGCAAAGGACUCUGAUACUCUAAAACAGGUAAACUUUGUAAACAAAACUUUUUCAUUGCUUACUUACCUUUUUUACGUUAGCCGGCAGUCCACUUUAAGGCCACAGUGGUAACUUUAAUCUUAAGCGAUAAAAUUCUUCCUGGCUUGUGUUUUCCUUUUUUUUUUUAUUUUUGUGGCUGAUAAUUAUUAUUGCAAUUAAUAAAGCUCCAUAUACAUGUAAGUGAUUUUUUUGUCCCCUGAUAAUCACAGUAUAGGGCUUCUUACACAGAUAAAAAGGGCUGUUUGUAGUUUUUACAGCUCUCUUUUACAUUUAUCUAAUGACACACAGGCAACUGCGUCAUUUUUUUAGUGUACUGGGGCCCGUUUCUCGAAAGCCCUGGUAACUAACGGACCCGUAAAGCUGUUGUUCUUUACCUGCAAGAUAGAGAUUUCAGUAGGUUUUACAUCUAAACAUGAUAAAACUAUCAGUUAGUAAAACAAAAUGGAGUAGUUUGCUAGCCAGGACCCGCACUCUUAUUCUUUAUAUUUUGAUUUGAAUAUUUGAUUUCGGGCCCGAAAAGUUACCGGGACUUUCGAGAAAUGGGCCCCUGAUCCCAGCAAAGGAAACAUUUUAUUGGAAAUUUCAGGCUUUCUCGAAGCUUUAGAAAAGUCCUGUGCAGUAGUCGGUCCAGGACUAGUAGAUUUUCCUGCCAGGCAGCUAAUCUUAAAAAGCUUCCUUGCACAAUAAGCGAGGGUUUAGGCAAGUCAUGUUCUAAUUAAAAGAUAUGAUCAACCUUUAAGGUUCUAAUUCUUUUUCUAAAAAAUUAAUGACUUGUUCCCUCAUUAACUGAUUGUAACACUUUUUACAUAAAUUAGUUGUGUAUAAUAUUAUUAUUGUGUUAUGUUUGUUUUGUGUAAAUGCUCACCAAAGGCUGUGAUCUUUUAUCCAAUUGUCUCCACUUAUUUUUUAAGCGAUUGUAUGGAGAUCACUUUGAACAAUUUGUAUGUGGAUAUUGGGACUUAAAGAAUUAAAUAAUAUCAUUGUUGAACGCUUUAUGUGUUGCUCUUUUAUCAUCAUUAGGUGUUUGUACCAGUGUUGUUGGGUUUGAACCGUGAAAUGCAAAAGCAGCAUUUAGCAAGUGAUGAAUACAAGGCUCCCUUACAAGUAAGUACAUUUAAUUUUUUUAUUUUUUAUUUUAUUUUUUUUUUAUAACAUAAUGUUGAGGUGGCUCUGUCAUUAAUACAGGGGUGUUAAGCUAUGAUGAACUUUUUGUCAUAACUUUGUUGAUUUUAAUGCGAUGGCCACAAAACUUUGGAAAGAACUACGUACAGAUAUCAUUCAGCAAUAAUAUGAAUUACUGGUGGUAAAUAUUUUUUACAAAAUUAGCCCCUAAGUGGACUGUACUUUUCAAAGAAAAUCAUGUCUAGUAAAAAAUUUUGCUGAUAUUCUUGACUGAAAUUUCUGGUAUCGACUUCAGAGAAGUCGCUGGAGCAGAAGUGCGAAACUAGCAAGCCUUUAAAAUUUAAUGGUGAAAUCAUUUUUGAAUUUCGAUAACGAAUUGCUCUGAGAAAGAACAAGCCACUAAUUUGAAUUUUCAACGCAAGUAAUUCUAAUUUGCUAAUUCUUACAACCAAGGCUUAUUCUGUGCUAUUCUUUAAGAGGAACUCUCUAGUUUUAGAAACACUAUGAAUAAUUGCUCCAAACCUUGCUGUGAAGUCUAAUGAAUUUUUCCUCAAUAUUUUUUGAUUUUGGCUGAAACUCCUGUUACAUACAUUUUAAUGUAUUACAAAGCAUCUUCAUUGGCUUUUGCUGCUGUGCUUUGCUUCCAAUGAAAAAUAGGUAUUUGGAUUAAUAAUAAUAAUAAUAAUAAUAAUAAUAAUAAUAAUAAUAAUAAUAAUAAUAAUAAUAAUGGUUUAUUAGUAUUCCAUAAAAAUGGCUCUUCUAUGCUACAUUACUAACUAUUAAAACUAACUUCAAGAUUUGAACAAAGGUAGACUGGGCAGGAUUAGCUCAGUCGGUAGAGGGCUUGACUGGAGAGCGGGAGGUCGCGGGUUCAAUUCCUGGAGCCGGACCAAUACUCAGGGUCUUAAAACAACUGAGAAAUAAAGGUACUGCCUUUGCCCUGCAAAUGGCCAAACCUUCACCUGACUCAGAUGACCACAUAAAAUGGUGGUCCCAUCUCCAGUAGCAGACGUAAAAAUAGUGUCCUCAAUUAGUACAGUGUAGUUUUGUGCUAAAUACAUUGACACUCACAUAAACUGGAUUUUUUUUAACGGUAGAACUUUAAAAGAAAAUAUAUAUUUAUUUGCAUAAAACUGGAUAGAUGUUGUUAUAAUAUAGUUUAAAAAGUACAAGACUUUUGGCUAGUUGUUGGAUUAUAAAAUUGUUACCUUCUACCAGAACUCAGGUAGAACUGCCAGGAAUCUUAGUUUGUUUACGACUAUGAAAUGAGCACAAGCGUACCUCAGCCACUAGGACAAAUGACAAUGAUGUCCAUGCCUGUGAACCAAACUUUAUCAAAAGGCCAAAUAAAUAUAUCAAGAAAAAUACUUUCCAUGGAAAAAUUUAAAACUCUGUAAAAAGGUCUUGACUUCUUUCUUUAAUGGAUGGGUGAUACUUUUCUUGAUUACCAUAUUUUGCUUUGUGUAUAUACAAAUCACUUUGUGGGCAUGGGCAUGCACAUCAUUGUUGUUCAUCCCCCUGACUGAGGUGAGAAUUCCUCGCAGAACUUCCAUCCAAGCUCAUUUCAUAGUCAUAACCAAAGGUGAUUGACAGCUCUACCCGCGCUUUUAUACAAGGUAGCUUAAAAUCCCAGUAACUAUUUUUGGAAAUGGAAGCAACACGUAGCAGUUAAAUAUACAAGGGUCGUGGAUCUGCAUGGGCAGUUUAGGGUUGAAUGGGUUAACUAUUUAUUACAUUCACAUACACUGUACACCUCUAAUGUAGCUGACUGUGAUGAGCUUAGUAACAUCUUCUGGUCAAUGCUCCUGGUAAAGGCUUACAUAUACAGAGCACUGCUACUUUGUCAGUAUUGCAGCAGUUGUUUUCAGUAGUCCUCUCUAGCAGCUUUUGUAGCAGCACUGAUAUAUAACAACAGUUACUGCCAUAUGUUAAGCACUGUUUGCACUUGCAGGAAAUAUAUAAAGAAGAGUGAAAAAUUUUAUGAUACUCUUUUCAUGACAUAUGAAAUCUUUCUCAUUCUAGUUGCCUAGGCAAUACAUUGUUAUACAUAAAUAUUUUAUGGAAGGUUUGUUUGUAUAUGACUGUGAACAAUAUUAUUUUAUAUUGCUAUUUUUUUCAUUUUCCUAUGGAACCAGGCACUUUCCAGGUUGUGUGAUAUCCGUCUUGGAACAGCUUCUGUUAGACCCAUCUGUAAUCUGGUAUGAUGAUGAGACCCCUAUUUCUUAUCUCUUGAAGUCUUGAUAUUAAUUCUCCUCACUAACCCUGGGUUGAUACAACUUGAACUUCAUAAUGGUUUAAGGCCUUAUUACCCAGAAAUAUUGUAAGUUGAUUAGAAAACACACAGUAGAACUUACAAAAAAAACCACAUUUUUCCAUGUCCUUGUUGUCUAGCGAUAAUGUAUAUGUCUAGUUAAUAUUUUUCUCGGGUAAUUUUUCUUUUCUUUUGUUUUUGGGUAUGGUAAUGUAUGCUAUUAAAUGAAGUUGAAACAAAAGAAAAAGAAAAGUUAUGUGAGAUAAAAAAUUAACUACAACAUAUACCUUGUAUUCCAUUGCGUAGAUGAGCGGGAGAGGGGGGGGGGAGUUUAGCAUUACAGUAUUUGUCUGCUGGUGAGGAUGUUACCGGAAUUUCACGGAAUUAAUGUUUUACUUUUUUCAAAAAUAAUUCCAAGUAAAUUUUUAUAUUUACAGGGAAGGUCUUAAAAACCUGGCUCAUACUUAGGCAUAAUGUGGGGGGUUAUGUUAUUUUUUUGUUUUAUUUGCUCAGUAAGUUAAAUCAAUAACCCUGAGAGCACAACUGGUUUUCUAGUAAAAUAUUAUUCCUUUUUAAAAAUGAUUAGACCAAUAACCUAAAGUUAAAAUUGUGUAAGUUUGAAUUUGUUGAAAUGCUUUCCUUAUUAGAUGGUGACUUUGCCUGAUCUGUGGAUGCCAUCUCCAUUAUCAAGAGCUGAAGGGAAGGAGAUUGAAAAACUCUCACUCCUUGGUCCUUUUCUUAGCCUGUCUGUGUUUUCUGAAGACUGUGUAAGUUUUUGAAAUUUAAUUACAGUACACUCACUGUACAGAUCAGGCUAGUAAUGAAGCCCUGUUAACUAGGCUAAAUUUCAACAUGGGCACAUGGCCAUGAAACAGGGACAUAAGAAAACUGAAAUGGUGGCCAACAAUACAAAGAUGGGUUAUAACUGCAACAGCAAUGAAGAGAAGCACAAAUACAAUAAUAAAAUACCAACAGGGAUUAGGAUUAACUUAGCCCUCAAUACGCAAAACACGGUUUUGAAAUUCACAUUAGGGACAUAUAUUCCUCCCUAAGAGUUGUGGCCUCAGUAAUAUGCUCUUGUUUGUAAAUUCAUAAUAUUGCAGAAAUCCUACACCAAUAUUAAUUAUUCCCAGCAGAUUAUUGUGCUUUUCACUAAUCUGCAACCUCCAAAGUAUUAAAUUUUUAUCCAACAUUAAAUUUUACAUUUUUGGCUGUCCAGCCAUCAAUCACCCUUAUUGACCUCUCAGGAAACCUAAAUUUUCUACAGUGGGUUCAAAAGGUCACAUUUGUAGGUUUUAAUUGUUAGACUUUGAUCAAUUGACUGGUCCAUUAUGACCUCUUCUACCCAUAGCAACAUAUAAUAUAACAUCUUCACCAAGUCAAUCAAGGAUCACUUUUUCUGGCAAGUUGUCGAUUUUCCAACAUGACAGGAGAGUUUACUGCAUUUGGUCCUUACAAACAUUUCUGAUAAGAUUGUUGACAUCAAAGAAUUUUAUGAUAUUUUGGACUCAGACCACAAACUUAUUAAAUUUUGCCUUGACCUUUGCAUCACAAGAAACCCUCAAACGUUUUGUCUCUAAUAUAAAAACAAAGCAGACUUAUUAAACUGCUUUUUUCAAUCAGUCUUUACUGCAAACAGUGGAACAAUUGAAUGCCCCCAGGUGACAACUGCUGUACUUACUGACCAUCUAAGUGAACUUAUUUUAUCAUCAUCUGAGGUGGCAAAAGUUUUGAAUAACAUCAAUCCAGCCAAAGUGCCUGGUCCAGACAACAUUCCAGGUAGAUUACUAAUUAAAAGGAAACUGUGCCCUAAAUUACAGUCUCUCUGUACCACCUGUUCAACCUUUGCUGUCACUGGGCAAAUUCCCAGAUCAGUGGAAACUGGCAAGUGUUUGUCCUGUAUUCAAAAAAGGUGACUCAGCGCAAGCCAAAAACUAUCAUCCGAUUUCUUAUUAUCCAUCUUGUCCAAAUGCUUUGAAAGACGUGUUUUCAAUCAUUGUUAUCCACACAUUUCGUCUCAGCUAUAUCACCUGCAACACAGACUUCUCAGAGGAAGGUCCACUGUCACUCACCUUCUUCAAGUCUAUCAUCACAAAGUCAUUAAUGCCUUAACUGAAGGCAAAGAGAUUGAUGUGAUUUAUUUAGACUUUGCCGAAGCAGUCGACAAAGUCCCCCACUCAGCCUUGAUCAACAAGUUGUCUCGCUUUGGUGUAUCCGACCAGUUGAGACAAUGGUUCCAAAGCUCUCUCUCCAACAGAUCUCAGUGAGUAGUGCUACUAUGCACGGUACCCAUUCCAACUGGCUACAAGUUACUUCUGGAGUACCUCAAGGCCAUAUUGGGCCCACUACUCUUUCUCGCCUAUAUCAACGAUAUUCUGCAUCCAACAUGAGUCUAAAAUAACAAUUUUCACUGAUGACUCCAAAUUGAAUGAUACAAGAUAAUUUUGAAGCUAUCUGAUAAGAUCUCUCUUCAGCAAGACUUGACUCAGCUCUCCAACUGGAGUCACACCUGGCCGGGCAAUGAGCCUCAGCACACUUAAGUGCAAGACCCUAAACAUCUCCAGGAAAAAAUUGCUGUCAAACAGAGAAUACCACCUAGAUGGGACCCUACUAGCCACAGCUAGUGAAACCAUCAACUUGGGCAUAACCAUUACAGACAACUUCAGUGGUCUACACACAGGGUCCAGAGGAGUUUUGUGUGAAUAAAUGAAUUACUUAUUUGAAGUCCCACCUUGAAAAAUGUCUAUAACUGUCGCUUAGCACGAUUAAUUAUGCCAAUGGGAUCUUAAUGAAUCUACUGUAAACAAUUUCUUCGCUUCUUAUCUGACCCAGGUCGACUUUGUUGUUCGCCAUUUUGAAAAUCAAUAACCGCAAGCCAUAUCCUCGCUGGCGCACGGAACGUCGCCCGACUGUAAGCCGAUCUUGCGUGCCCUCAGUCUCUUGGUUUGCGGUCAAUAGAAUGUGUAACGAAACGGUAACACGAUCAAAAUAACCCAUUUUUUCAGAGGUUUUCGACGGGUUUUGAUGUUCUAACAACAAACACUUCUCCUCUGGACCCUGUGGUCUACAGACAUACGUCAGAUCUUCCUGCAAGCAAACCGUACUUUUGGCCUUAUUUGCCAAAUCUGCAGAGACAUCAGUGACACUUACUCCAGGAAAAUUUUAUACUGUUCAAUUGUUCGCCCCAAAUUAGAAUAUGCUAGUGAACUUUGGUCCCCUUACACUCGUAAGGACAAACUUUAGCUAGAAAAUGUCCAGCGCAGAGCUGUGAAGGUUAUUUUGAAUUAACCGAAAGACAUGUCUUACUAGCAAGGAUCUGUUCGUCAAACUUAACCUGUUGCCGCUGGAGUAUAGAAGGGAUUUGAAAGACCUAGUCCUUAUUUUUAAAACCAAAACAGGCCAAGUAGAUCUCAGUAGCCAUCAAGACUUUUUUCGUCAAACUGAAAUACACCAUUGCAUGCAAGUUUAACAAUACCAUUUACCCUAUGCAAAAUAAAAUUAUUUAAAACACUCAUUUUAUUAUAGAUCGACAGCUACUUGGGUCUAGCUACCUGUAGACAUCAAAAGCACAAAUCAGUCACUUUCUAGUUUUAAGAAAAAGGAUUUUAGAUAUUUACACUUGCAAUACUCUAUCUUGUGUCCUCCCUGCAGCCAGUGGGGUAUAGGCUGCUGAUAUCGAUACUUAAUAUGUGUCUGUUUUUAAUGGGAAGGGGAGCAAAAGGUGGUUAAUGUUGGGGGGCAGUGGGGGGUUCCAUUAUCUAUGGUUUUAUUCCAUUUGGUUCUUGGGGCAAGAUAUCAGCUGGGACAAUAUUCUGUCUCCUGCUCUAGUUGCAAUAUUCACAUAUAUUAAUUUACCUGUUUUUUUUUUUCUCUAACUGAGGUAUUUUAUAUUUCAUUUAUGUACGUAUUUUUAUGUUCAUAUUAAUGAAAUUAAUAACAUGCAACGAAUUCAAUAAAGUUAAAGUUAAGUUAAUUGAGUAUGGCAUAAUCAUGAUUGACAGAAUUGAAAAACUAACUUGUUUAAAUCCUUGACUUGAGAGGUUGCAUGUUGAAAAGUGCAGUAAGAACAACAAUGCAAUUUGUAGCCUGCUAGCUAGCAAGCUGUCCAUGACACAUCCAUGUUUACUUAGUGAUGUUUAUGUUGUGGUUAUUCUACAGCCCCAGAUUGUGGAGCGCUACUUUUCUGAGUGCUCUGACAGCGUAAAGCUCGUGAAUGUGACUCUGAGGAGUGCCCUUCUUUUAGUUAGAGUAAGUAUAUUAUGACUUAAAAUUAAUUUUUCUUAUUUAUUUUAGGUUAUUCAUAAGAAAUGGUACAGAAAUAAGUUUACUGGUGUCGUCAUAACUGUUUUUUUUCUUAGUUUCUGAUGAUGUGCUAAUCAAAAAUUAUAAUCAACAAUAAUUUGAUUGUAAGUCCAUGCAAAAGUGUGCUUACAUAUAUGCACAGUUAAUACAUGGCUUGUCUUCUCUCAUUCAGGGCUCAGAAUGGAAAAUUAAUCCUUGGAAUAAUGUUCACAAAUCAAUAUUAUCAUAUACAUUUGCAUUUGUCUACUGCAGUAAUGAAACUUGCCAAUGUACACUUAUAUAAUUAUUUAUUGAAUAACAGGUUUGAACAUGCAUCAGUUGGUAGCCCUGACUCUGAGAUCAAAAAUUUCCUAGCAAUGUGGCAAUUAGCCUCUCUACCAUAAGAUUUGCAUCAUCAUUGUUGCAUUUGCCAUUUUUAGUUUAUUAUGCCAACUUGUUUACAGACAGAAGUGUUCAAGAUUAUUCAUAGCAUGUUAGUGUCAAUGGAGAGUCGUGAUUCUUGUUUAACGUUCAUGGGAGCAGUUUUACAAAGAAAUCACCGCAAAGCACAAAUGCAGGUCAGUCAAAAUUUUUAUUUACAAUUUUUGUGAAUAGAUAUUGCAGUGAUAUUACAGCAGAUAGUGCUAUCCCUGUACAAGUCAACUAAAAUAAGAAUUGUCUUUCUUUGUCCAUGUAUGUUUGGUUCAGGUGGAUGAUAGACAAGUUGCUUCUGAUGGAUUUAUGCUGAAUUUUAUGACAGUCUUACAGCAGCUUUGUGGAAAGGUUAAAAUUGAAAAAGUAAGUCUUGAAAACCUAACCUGGUGUUUGCUAGAAAGGAUGUUUUCUGCAUUUUGUCCUGGGUUAGGAAGGGAAAAAGUAGCUUGGAAACUACUACAUUUUUUGUGAACUGAGUGUGGUUAACAGCUCCAGGUCAGAGUUCGACCCUCACUGCUGUGUUUUUUCCCUAGAUUAAAAACUUUACUCCACUCUGUCUCUAUUCAUCUGGGUUUAUAAAUGGCUAUUGGCGAUAUACUACCAGGGGUAACCCUGCAAUGGACUAGCAUCCCUUCUGGAGGCGGGGUAGUAAUAUUCAUAGGUCCUUUGUGGUUAGAGACCUGGGCUAAAGGGCACCCGUGUGUGUCUCAUGGCCUAAACUAAGUAGAUAUAUAGGACUCGAAACACAUGAAAUACCGUAAAAUUCCGAAAAUAAUCCCUGGGGCUUAUAUUUUUCACAGGCCCUUUUUGAGGGGCUGAUAUUCGGAGGGGCUUGUCUACGGAGGAAAAUUUGUGUUUCAAAAUCGAUUGGGCUAGCCUUAUAGUUGAAAGUAAUUUACCGUUUUGGCUUUGUUUUACUUUGUAUUUAAGGGUAAUUUUCCAAGUACAAGCCCCCCGGGGGCUUAUAUUUGCAGGGGCGAUUUAACGGAGGGUUUUUUGCGUUACCGGUUUGGGGGGCUUAUUUUUGGAGGAGCUUAUACAUGGAGGGGCUUAUUUUCGGAAUUUUACGGUACCUUCCCCUCUAUUCUCCAGUCUUAUUGAUGACACUUUGUUUUUUUACCUUAAUACUAGCUGUUAUUUUCUCAUGGAGUAGUGAGAGUGCAGUAUUUAUGUCAUGCAAUUUGUUUGCUUCAUUUGCUUGUUUCAGUGACCUCAACAUUCUGUUAUUUACCUCAGGGAAUCGUAUAUUGUCAUUUUUACUUCUUUACUUCUCGAACUCAUUAAUAAUUCAUAAAGAAAAUACAAAGGAAGUUAAUGUUUAAUGAGUGUUUGGAAAUCAGAUGAAAAACUGCUCAUUUUUGCAUCCUUGAUUUCUCCUUCUAAAAUCUUUGUUUGAGAAGUAAUAUCAAGCAUUUGACACAGUGUUUCAUCAACAGAUGUUCGUCAAAAAUACUCCGCUGCACGUCGUAUUUUCAACUCUCUUCUUGGUGUUUCAUCUGGUGAUGAAACCCUGCGUCUCAUGCUUGAUAUAUUACUUAAAUGAUAUCUUGCAGCAGAAUGUCUAGUACUUAAACACUUAGAACUUGUUUUGUUUUGUUUGUAAACAGGUAGACAGUCUGUAUCUCCAUCAUCCUAAGUCAAGAAUAGAUGUUACACAGGAAACAAGACUAAAACUUACAUCACAACAAGUUGCAGAUUGGAAACAAGAAUUAGGUAGGGACACCCAAGAUAGGUUAUCAUCAACAAACCUGUUGACAACAUGUCCUGAUAAAUGGCCGGCUUGGCCGAUAUGGAGAAUGCUACCCAAUAAUAUGGUUUUGUUUUAAGUGCAUAAAUUUGGAAUUGACUUUAUCUUAGGUGUGGUGGAAAGGAGAUACCCUACCCUUUACAAGGAAACAUAAUUCUGGGUGGAUUUGUUUUUCGAUAAUUAUGCAACCUUACGUCUGAACCGUUCGUUGUGUUGAAAAUAAUGUAACCAAAUACAGUUAACCAAAGGAAUGGCCAGAACUUUCCCAGAAGUCAAAUAGCAGGGAUGUUGAACAUGAGCACAAUGAUAAUUCAACAAAUACUAGAAAAAGGGAGUAGGUCAAACAAGAAAACGAAUUUCAAACCGAGUGGUAUAAAAAAGGUCAAAUAGUUUGGCCCUGUUUCAAACCAAGUAAUACCAAAAAAAAUUUAUGUAUUUUGGCCCUGUUUCUUUAAAAAGGGCCCUGUAUAACUUAACAAGAGCGUCCAUAUGGCUUUUAUUGGCCAAUUAGAAAAAAUCCUUGAAAUGCAACUGAGGGCACAAUGCUUGUUGAGUUACAAAAAGGAGAUAAUUUAGCGUUUUUCCUUGUGCUGGUGCCCUCUCUUAGCUUCUCAUGUCCUACGGCUUCAUGGCCUCUUGCUGCUCACAUUUUUCCAAUACCACUUCACUUAAUUCGGAAAAAAAAUACACUAGAUUGUUUGUAGUACAGCGGAAAACACACUACUCUUGAUCCUGUACUUAUAUCCUGGACCCAUACUUGGGUCAAAAAGUAGCUAGUCACCCAGAAUAAACAUUUGUAACUCACAGAGGUUAUAUUCAAUAUCAACAGCCAAAAAAAAUUCAUGGUUGGAGCCCAAAUUUCCUACAGAAUGUUUCUUUAUGGCGAUUGAAGCACAUCAUUUGGCUCUGUUGCCAGCAUGUAGAAGACAUUCACGCAGGCAGAGAGCUCACCGUGACUUAACACGCAUGAUUGAGCAUCUAGAAUCACAUGAGAGUGAAUGGAUGGAAACGCCGAUGGCUUCUCGAAAUAAAAGCUUGUUGAAAAAAUGGAGAGAACAAAUCAAGGUACUUCCAGGUUUCGUUUUCUGAACUGAAUGUAUUUUUAUUUCCUAUUUAAGUAUUUAACUAAAAGUCUAAGGAGGAUUUCCAUUUCCAUGUUUUUCAAUGAUUAGUUCAGAUAUCGACGAGACAAAAUUAUAGUUUUACUUUACACACAAGUAAAGUUUUACCUUAAAAUAAAGUUGUCUUUAAAGACGAUUAUUGUGCACGGUCAUAAACGGCAGAGCUGUUCGCAUUCUAAGGUGAACUUAAAAUUUGGUCAUUUCACGUCGGCAAAGAAAUUUAGAGAAAAGCGUAAGAUAUGUGCAGUGUUGUUGCUUUUCUCAUUGACCUUCCCGUUGAGGUCACCGUCUCAGGGCGCUUUUUAUUUGUCAGAACUGACCGGCCAGGACCAUUCCAGUCAUAAUGAGAAUUUCACUUUUAAUCAAAACAAUCCAGUCAGAUCAGUCAGAUCCCAAAUAGCAUGCACAAAAACUCUUGGAAAAAAGUAGUUUUCAUUAUCAAAAUGACUGGUCUGGCCAGCCAGUUCUGACUUUUGGAAAGCGCCCCUUGUUUCGUAAGGUUUCUCUUAAAAACACCAGCUACGGCUAAGCUCACUUGAUGUUACAGGUGCCCAGAACGGAAAGCUAAAAAUAACACUAUAAAUUUUCGGAGACAUGUAACAGAUGAGUCUUCAUUUUCUACAGCUGCUUCCAAACGUAAUAGGGAGCUUUAGUUUUUUGGAGAACGUAAACACAUGGUCACCACGACGAAUCACUCUUUUCUUUCUCCUUCUAAAUUUGUGUUUGGUCUCCGAUAAUUUAGUUCCAGGAAAAUUUACCAACAUUCGACGUUUUAAGUGAGCUGAAAUAUUUGCGACAAAAUUUGAAAAAAUGCGAAGAUGUUUUAACACUAACGUUUUCGCUUCUGUCAGCGUAGUCGUUGCUAAAGCCCCCUCCCACUAAUGGGAGCCCUGUCGUAGUCUCCCUCACAACGAUUUUUGUCCCGUCACGCCAAAAACGGCUGCGAGGGAGGCUAGUCCUGCUAGAGUGGUAGCCAUUAAGAGCUGAACGAGUCAGACUGGCUUGGGUUAAGCUGAGAACCAUAUAUUAAAAACAGGGAUACCCUAAAAGGAAAGGGUUUCUUUGGACCAUACCUACUCUGUUGUUUAGCGAAUAAAACUAUUGUUUCCAAACUAUGUUGUAUUUUUUGCAGAAAAUUGAGAAUGGCAAGGCCUGUUCGGAUGUUGUUCUCCUAGAUGAAGAACUUUUGCGUGGUUGUUUAAAAUUCUAUUCAUUUUUGGUUACUUGGAUUUUAAAGCUCCUCAACCCGAGUAAAAACGAGUAAGUUUAUUGCAUCAAUAGCAGAUAGACAGGUAUAAAGCCUGAAACCACGUGUGUUAGUUUAGAUCAGAGUUCAGUUUUGUUGUCCGUUUUUGGGAAAAAGAUUGAUUUUGUUAAUAUGUGUAUCAGGAUGGUGUUUUCUGCUGCUCUCACCCACACUCCAAAUUAUGGUAUAUGGUGGUAAUAAUUCCCCUUUUAAUUUAGCAUGUUUAUACUACUGAACUGUAAAAGGUUUUUAAGAAUUCUUAACUUCAGUAAGUUUCUUCCUGCUAAAUUAUUUUUGUGGCUUUCCUAUGGUGUCUGUUCUCUCUACUUAUAAUAAUAAUUAUAAUAGUAAUAAUAAUAAUAAUAAUAACAAUAAUUUACAUUUAUGUAGCGCAAACCUCUAUAUGAAUAUAUUCGGGUGCGCUUUACAAUAUGUUAAAGGUGACUCAUGGUUCAUACAGAAUUUUUUGGGAAAAAAUCGAGGACUUUUCAAGGACUUUCCAAGGACUAAAAUCAUUUUUUCAAGGACUUCUUUUCCAAAAUAAUAUGACGUGAAGACCUUUAAAAUGCGUAGGUGGAGGGGGGUUUGCUUGCAAUACCUUCCUUCAUUAAGGCACGGUUGCUAGGGUACUUCAAAUAACGGAAAAUGAACUAUGCCGGGAACACCGAAAUCACAAGAAAACAAUUUUUAUGAUCACCAGGAAAAUUUUUGUGUAUUGCUUUUUGUUUUACCGUCAUACCUGUAUCUGUUCUCAUGAAUAAGCAAAUAAAGUAUUUACAUGGCAGACUACAGCAGUUUUUAUUUAUGUCUCUGUUCAUUGAUCAGGUUCAGACUUCCUCUUCCACAAAACAUUGCAAUGGAACUUGCAUCGCUUCCUGAUUACUAUGUUAGUGAUGUGGCAGAGUUUCUUCUAUUUGUCAACAUGUAAGUACAUUAUUAUUCCUUUGUUUACUCUUCUUUACAGAAUAAUUAAAGCUGUGAUAGUACUGUCUAUACAUUAUAUUGUUCAACAACUUACCAAAGUAGACACUAAACCAGGGGUCAAUGUAAUAAAACUUUAACUAGUGUAGCCAUUGUUUAAGGGUCUGAAAACAAUAGCUAUACUUGUAAAUGUUUUAUUAAAUUGACCCCAGAUAAAAUGUUAGAACUUCUAAACGUAUUAAGGGGAAAAGUUUUAAGAGAAUAUUGUUCAUGAAGACCUAUCAGCUUAGCAAAUGGAAGACUACUUUUAUCGUUUGAAUAUACUGAAGUACACUUUUAAGCUAUUCCUCUCAAUGCUUACACAAUGUAGAUAAGUAUUGUUGUUAAUAACCACAACUGAAUGUAUUGUUUGUUGUUUAUUAGGCAUGCCUUUUCAGUCCUUGAGGAUCCUGUUAUGAAUGACAUUGUUACUUUCCUUCUGGUGUUUGUGUGUUCACCAAACUACAUUUCCAAUCCUUAUCUUGUGGCAAAAAUUGUUGAGGUAUGUAAGUUUGAUUUACAAUUCAUUUCCUUUUUAACACCGGCAACCUUCACUUGACCGACCAUGAUAGCAGUCAGGGAGACUUUGAUUAACGAUAUGAUAGAUCAGGGGUUGUGGUACUUCUAUUUUGAUUGAAUACAGGCAUACUAUUGUUCCUUCGCUCUUACAGAAAAAAAGCUUUUAUGAAUGUCAAAAUUAACUUUAUUUUGUUUCAGUAGUUUUUGUAGCGCUGCCUGCGGUUUCAGCAAGUUUCAUUUUUUUAAACCAAUAUUUCGCCCUAGUCUGUAAACUUUGAGAUUGUGCUAAAUUUGACGAAAAGCGUUCAGUCGUGUAAUAUAUUCACCAACCUAACCCCAGCCUCUUCCAAGCCUGCAGAGUGGGAUAUUUUCACUGUUUUGAAUAAUGUUUCAGGUUUUGUUUGUUAUGAAUCCGAAUAUUCAACCAGCUGCUUUGAAGAUUCAUGAGAUGAUCCUCUCUCAUCCACUGGCCAUGGAUAACUUGGCUCCAGCGCUAAUGAAUUUUUACACAGGUAUGUGGGUACUCAGCUUUCAUAACUCGUUGUCAAUUUACACAUCCCAUCGCUAGAAAGUUGAAGAAUAUUAAAUGUAAUAUUUUCAUCAAUUUUCCACUGUGGAUCUCUCUUUUGUCUCGGACUAUAAUGGGCUUAAAUUAAAUGCAAUGUAGUUGGUCAUGCAUGACCACACAGACUUUCAGCUAAAAGUCUUAUUAUGUCAAAAUAAAGGUUGAUUGGUUACUUGACUCAUACUCAUACUUUACCUACCUUCCCACCUACCUACCCACCUACCUAUUUACUUACCUGCCUGCCUGCCUACCUACCUAACCUAACUAACUACCUACCAACCAUAUUACGUACCUGCCUGCCUACCUAUCUACGUAACUAACUACUUACCUACUUACCUUCCUACCUACCUACCUACCUACUUACCUACCUACCUACCUACCUACCUAACUACUUGCGUACCUACCUACUUACCUACCUACCUACCUACCUACCUACCUACCUACUUAGCUGCCUGUCUACCUACCUACUUACCUACCUACUUAGCUGCCUGUCUACGUACCUACCUAACUACCUAACUACCUACCUACCUACCUAACAACCUACUUACCUACCUACCUACUUCUCUACCAAACUUACCUGCCUGCCUGCCUACCUACCUAACCUAACUACCUACCUACCAAUCUACUUACCUACCUACUUGCUUACCUGCCUGCCUACCUACCUACCUACCUACCUAACUACUUACCUACUUAUCUACCUACCUAGCUACUUAUCUACCUACCUACCUACUUACCUUCCUACCUACCUAACUACGUACCUGCUUACCUACCCUACCGACAGACCGACUUUAACCUACCUAAUCCUCCUACCAACCUAUUUACACUCUUACCUACCUACCUAAUUACCUUCCCACCGGCCUUCCUAUAUGCUCGCUUGGUUGCUUACUAAGAUAGUGUGGGUAUUAACAUUGCCAUUUCCAGGGCACCAUAUUUGUCCUUGAAAGACCCACAAACUGGUGGUCAUUGUAGUUACAUUUACACAGUUUAUCAUUGUCGGCUAUAAGCUGUUUUCCAUCCUGACAUCGGUUAAGUAAAAAGUCGGAAAUCAUUGUCCACUGCGUAAAUCUCUAUCCACUUCUUAUCAUAUUAGUUGAUAUACAUGUUAAUGAUUUGCUCUCACUUCGUGAACUGAUAAUUUCCACUUAAUUUCUUCUUUACAGAUGUCGAAACAACCGGCAGCUCAAAUGAGUUUUACGAUAAAUUCAGCAUACGAUAUCACAUCUCUAUCAUAAUGAAAAGUUUAUGGGACAAUUUGACUCAUAGGCAGGCAAUUAUGAAGCAAAGCAAGUAAGUUAAGCUGUCAAACCUUGCUUAUGGCUUUUGAUGUUGAACUUCUGUAUAACUCGGGUCAAAGCCUAAAUUCGCCAGUUGGUCUGCGCUAUGUCUUUGUGUGACCGCAGGCUCAUUUAAUUCAGCAAAAUUAUGUACGCGUGAGCACCACGCACAGCAACUCGAUUGAGAGACUGAGAAAUUGACUUUCUAUGGAGGAGUGGGUGAUUUCUGGAAAGAGUGUCCUGUAAACAGACAUGGAACGUUAAAAAUUAUUGCGUGGCGUUAAUUGUCGUACAGUUGCACUAAAAAAUAAGGAAAAAUCGUCCAUCGUUGUGGAUGUUGGAAAAAUUCUCUUCCUCAAAGGUCAAUCGGCAGCUUAAGUCGAGUUACGGUUCAUUUUUUCAGUGUUCAUGCGUACAGAGUUUCCUUAAACUGAAUUGACGAAGGCUUCGAGUGCUUCGCGAAGACUAAAUUUACGCUAUGAAAGCGUCUUUUUACCAAUUUGCACGGGUUACUAUCACAAGAGUCUGCUUUCUUCUUGAGCCUAUAUUCAAAGCAUUAUGCGUAUAGUGAUGUUUGGUAAAUCAACGCUUGUUUGUCGUAGGACCGAUCAGUUCGUUCGUUUUGUGAACAUGUUGAUCAAUGACACAACGUUCCUGUUGGAUGAAUCACUAGAUUCACUGAAGAGUAUCAAUGAAACUCAACAGAUGAUGGCUAAUGUGGCCGAGUGGGAAGGACAACCAAGAGUAAGUGUCUUGAUGAUUAGCGUUAGGCAUAGUAAAAACUUGCGGUUUUCCGUAGUAACAACAGUAUUUUGCUGUCAUAGGAAGUGCGUACUUCUCGGCUGAGGCAGCUAGCAACAGAUGAACGUCAGUGUCGCUCAUACCUAACUCUUGCUACUGAAACUUUGGAAAUGAUGUUUUACCUUACUAGACAUGUACAAGGACCUUUCCUCAGACCUGUGAGUAUCAGUGCUUAUCGCCUAAUCACUUAAUAUACUUGAGCAUACGUAUCGCCUACUCUCCAAUGGCAAGUUCCCUGAGAUUAUUCAGUAGUACAAUGUAUAUGCAGACGCUGAGGGGGCCAUAGAAAGUGUCCGUAUUAAGCCGGUUGAAUUUUAAUAGAGAAAAAGUAAGGGCUUUCUUUCCUCAGGGGCAAAGCAAACUGUCCAUCAUAAUGAGGUAUUCGUAAGGCGGUUUUUGACUGUAUUCAGAAUCUACACGGAGUUUACCUAAAAAUAAUGCAGUGAUAAUGAAGGCGGUGGCUGCGGUGCUUUUGAUGGGUGACGAUAGUGAAUGUGAUGAUGAUGAUAGUGGUGGUGGUGGUGGUGGUUGUGAUGGGUGAUUAUAAUGAUACAGUAGUGAUGAUGAUGAUGAUGAUGAUAGUGGUCAGUUGAUAAGUGUAACGUUUCUUGCAGGAACUGAUCGAUCGUAUAGCAGCUAUGUUAAAUUUUAACCUUCAGCAACUUUGUGGACCAAAAUGCAGAAAUCUGAAGGUACUGUGCAACUUCUUUUUUCACUUUUAGUAAUAAUCGUCGUAGUUUUAUUGACUGGGAUAAUCAAGUAAAUUGGCCACCGUAAAGAGCGAAUGCGACAAAGGGCUAGCGUUUGAAACGCCCGCUUUGAGCCUCUGUACGGCAGCCAUUGAACUAAAAGAACCCUUUUUUUUAUCUGUUAAAGAAACAUUGUCAGAUGUGUUCCUUGUUUAAAUGGUAUACAGCUUUGAUUCAUUUAUAGCAUAUGGGUAACUCUCAGGGAUAUAGCCUUGGCAAUUGCCUGGUGGGGUUUUUUAUUGUUUUUAACCUCACAAAUAAUGACAAUUCCAACAGGCAAUUCGAAGGCUAUAAGCGUAUGCUGCAAAUGAAUCUACCUUAGAAAAAUUAAUUCAAACCAGCAGAAUUGACUGAAUUGGAAAAAGGUGGUAGUUGGAAGCUUUAGGAGCAUACUGUAGCUUUCUUUGUUUCUACAUGAAAAGACUGAGAAGAACAGCCGUUUGUGAUUGACAGUAUAACGUAUCAAAUGAAGAAUGAUCUUUGCAGUUGUGAACGCAAUUUAUGCAAUUGCGUAAGAAGCCUGAAAAAAUUUCAGGACUUAACGGAGUUUGAACCCGUGAUCUCGCGAUACCGGUGCGAUGCUCUAACCAUCGAUGGUUAUGUGUUCAUAUGUUCCCGUGAAAGAGAUGAAUGUGAUAGAUGUAUAUGAAAUAAAUCAUAUAAGAACUGCGGAAAUGAAAUCAAAUGAAGAAUGAUCCUCGCAAUUGUGAACGCAAUUUAUACAAUUGCGUAGAAGCGUGAAAAAAUUUCAGAACUUAUGUUAUCAGCUUAAUUGCAAAAUUUGGCAUUCCAAAAUACUAAUCACCACCGAUAAGUCAUUUUGUCCAAGAAAAAUGGCUUCUUCUGAUCAUGAUUGUUAAUGCAGUACUGAGCGAUCGUUGGCGUGUGGUUGUUUUUGUGUUUGCAGGUAAAAAAUCCUGAAAAGUAUGGAUUUGAGCCUAAGAAUCUGCUUGAUAGACUGACACAACUUUAUGUGAAUCUUGAUUCAGAAGAAUUUGCGCAGGCUGUUGCCGGCGAUCAGGUAAAAAAAAAAAACAAAAACCAACAUUUUCUUUUCGUCCACUGCGGACGUUUCAGCUUUUACAUUGCAUUCUGUUUCAUUGUUUCGUUUAGCGAUCUUACAAGAAAGAAUUGUUUGACGACGCCGCAAAACAUCUUCAAAAAACGUUACUCAAGACAGAGGUAAGUUUCACUCUGUAUAGUACUAGUGAGAUCUUAUUUUUUAGGUGGUACUAGGUUCACAUCUUAAGACCUCGCUACACACUCGAAGACAUGUUGCAGCGACAAAUAUGAUGCUGCCACAAUACCUAAGGGUGAAGUGUGAUCAUUAGGGUAAAAUACUUUUCAGUCCUGUAAGUAUAUAAAUUACGAUUUUGUAGCGGAGAUAGACAACCUGAGCCUGCAGGACAGGCUUUUAUUAUUUGCGUUUUUCAGGCGAGCAAAAGCCAGCGCGAGUCGAGCGUGGAGAGCUAGACAGGCGCGCUCCACUCCCAGCGUCUUGUGCUUGCCUUUGCUCGCCAAGAAAACGCGAAAAAAGAACGCCUGAUGCGCAGACGAGAAGGCAAAUGCGACUGGCAAACUGUGAAACAUUUUUCUUCCGCUAUCCGUGGCCCAAAGCAGACCAGUUUGAAGGAAUUUGAUUCGUCGCUGUAAUCAGAUUUCGUCUACCUCACCCGGCGCUUUAUCGGGUAUGUCUCACAGCGAGCACUUUUGCUACCAGUUUGAGUUGAGUUUAAUAUUCUUCAGUAUUUCUCAGUCACAAGUUGUAUCGCAAAAAUUAACAGUGUAUUUUUCAUUUGCAUUUUCCAGUCAGAAAUUUGUCGUUUCAAGGCUUUUGCGGCUAAAGUGGAAAGAAAAGUGGCAGAAAACGCUGUCUUAGAAGAGGAUUAUGACGAUGCACCGGACGAGUUUAAAGGUGAGUGUGUUAUCUAUUGCCACCCUGAAAAUCUGGUUAAAUCAAAUUAGCGUUGUAAACCUGUACCCAAGUGAUCCGCCAGCGGCUUACCAUGGAGCCUCAGCAUCAGUAGUAGUACAACUUCUGCAUCAUUGAUUAAGAUAUUUCUUAAGAUAUUUGUGUCCCUGUUUUGCGACAGAUCCGUUGAUGAUGACUCUCAUGCAAGAGCCUGUAAUCCUACCAACCAGCGGAAAAAUCAUGGAUCGUCCAGUUAUUACACGGCACUUACUAAACUCCGACACUGAUCCAUUUAACAGACAACCACUUACCACUGAUAUGCUGAAACCAGGUCAGUAUGGAUUUACCUUUUUCUUUCUUUCCAGUUGUUUUUAUUCUAUCAAGAUAUUUUUGUGAUAAUGCACAACUGCUCCUUUGCCGUUUUCUUCUUCAGUAAAUACACAAUGGCAUUUUGUCAAAAAGAAUUUUCUGUAUAAGAUGCAGCCCUUGCCUGUUUAACAUUGAUUUUGUUCGUUUACAGCUACUGAACUCAAGAUGCAAAUAGAGAAAUGGCUGAAAUCAAGAAGAAGCAAGGCAAAGUGAUUAAAAAACAAUUUUGGAAUGAAGGAAACGUUAGAACAAAACAGUGGAAUUUAUUAAAGGGCAGGUCCCCUGUUUUAGCCUUUGCUUACUUGCAAUAAUUAUUUCUUUUCUUGAAGUCGUUUUUCUUUUUUUUUCUCACCAACAGAUGCCGUGUUUUGUUGUUGAGACACCUUUAGUUAUUGAUUGAUGGAGAAAAUGUCUAUAAUUAGCCAGUCCUACAGGCAGCUGUAAAAGGUUGUGACUCUAACCAAAGCUUUUAAAAAGUCAUUUUAUUCGAGCUGCAAGGUAUAAUUGCAGUUUGAAAAAGAAACUAUUUGAGCUACAAUUUACCACAAACAAGACUAACUACCCUAAAAAGUGCAUUAUUAAAGGUGACUAUGUUUUGGUUCUUUAACUUCGUAGUUGAUUCAGUUGUUGACUAGUAAGUCUAGUAAAGCUGUUUAAACCACGAAGUAAAGUACAAAAAGUAAAGGAAUUAAAACUUAUUUCGACAGGGUGGUCCAUUCAGCUCGGAGGCUGGUCUCCAUAGGGUCCCUGAGCCUUAAAAAACUACUUUACGUUAAGAAUUUAUAAUUAGUACAUUUUAAAAAGCUCAGUCUAAAAAUACAAUGAUAGCCAUUAAAAC